GCACGUGUUUGCACCAUGUUUGUGUUGGUGGAGAUGGUAGACACGGUCAGGAUCCCUCCGUGGAGCUUUCAAAGACAGCUGAACGAAGCUGUGUCUGAGGAACUCAAUAAAAAACUGGCCAAUAAGGUGGUCUACAAUGUCGGUCUCUGCAUAUGCCUGUAUGACAUCACGAAACUGGAGGAUUCAUACAUUUUCCCGGGAGAUGGUGCAUCACACACAAAAGUGCAUUUCAGGUAUGUUGUUUUCCACCCGUUUCUGGAGGAAAUACUGGUCGGAAAGAUCAAGUACUGUAGUCAGGAAGGCGUUCACGUGACCAUGGGCUUCUUUGAUGACAUUCUUAUCCCACCAGAGUCUCUUCAGCAACCCACUAAAUUCGAUGAAGCCGAGCAAGUUUGGCUCUGGGAGUACGUGACAGAUGAGGGCGCGCACGACCUCUACAUGGACCAGGGAGAGGAGAUCCGUUUUCGAGUGUCCGAUGAGAUAUUUUUGGAUACGUCGCCAACGGGCCCGAUGAUUGACGCGACAGCACCUGCCCAACCUGGGCAGUCAUCGGCGCCCCCACCUGCGCAGGAUACUGGCGAUAAGAAAGAUGCGCCAUAUACUCUGAUAGGUACCAUUUCUGAGCCGGGACUAGGACUGCUAUCAUGGUGGAACAAUUAA